ACUUCACUAAUAAACCUGCUCAAAAGAAACGCUGCUGCUGCUCACACUUUGCUUUAACUGAGCGCAGUCAGCGCUGUGUGCUCGGCUCUCUAUGGGAGGAGCGGAGGUCUUUGAUGUCGGCAGGCUGAUCACAGAUCAGAUACACGCGCUUCAGAUCCAUAAAGCCACCUCCCUCUCCCCGCCUUUGAUCUGGGCGCUGUGAAGUCCUCGAGCUGCUGCUGCUGCUGCUCUGUGUUGUGUUGAGCUGGAGCAGCAGCGCUGACAUGGUGAGCGGACCGGUGCGGGAAACACACCACCACACCUCUCACCGGUCUGCUUUCGACUUUUAACAACCACUUUGAUUACAGGCUGAUUUUUUAGCAGACAACAAGUGGCUCAUCAAAAUGGUCUGGAUUCUUCGACACACUUUUUCACUUCUACUAACUGUGCAUGUCAUAUAUUCAACUCUGGUGAUUCCUGUGGGGGCCGAGGAGGAGACCAGGGAAUGCAGAGAACAGGAGUACAAGGACCGGUUUGGGAACUGUAAACCCUGCAAGCAGUGUGAUGCAGGACAGGAGCUAUCAAAGGAAUGUGGCUUUGGUUAUGGAGAGGAUGCCCGGUGCGUGCCCUGCCGGAGCAGUCGCUUCAAGGAGGACAGGAGCCUGCAGAAGUGCAAGCCCUGCCUGGACUGUGGACUCAUCAACCGCUUCCAGAAGGGCAACUGUUCCACCACCAGCAACGCUGUGUGUGGCGACUGUCUGCCGGGAUAUUACAGGAAGACAAAAUUAAGCGGUUUCCAAGACAUGGAGUGUAUACCCUGUGGGGACCCUCCGCCUCCUUAUGAGCCUCACUGCAGCGGGCGUGUGAACCUUGUGCCGCUGCCCUUGGUGGUGACCAGCCCGCAGGACAUGGCUCUGGCUGCGGUCAUCUGCAGCGCUCUGGCCACCGUGCUGCUGGCCCUGCUGGUCCUGUGUGUCAUCUACUGCAAGAGACAGCUGUUGGAGAAGAAGCCCAGCGCGGCCUCCCUGCAGUCCCAGGAUUGUCCCUACAGUGGAGCAGAGCUGUCCUGCCUGGACCCACGCUGGCUCCAUGACUUUCCCCAGAGACCCUGCUGCCAGUGUCACCUGGGCCCCGGACACACCUGCGGUCCAGUCCACCUGAUCCCGUCUCUGUGCUGUGAUGAGAGCUGCAGUCUGGGCCGUAGCCUGGACAACAGCCCAUUCCCGUCCCAGAUGAGUCUCAGUGACGAGAAUACACACCAGGAUGAGGAGGACACCCAAAUGCAGCUGGGAGGACAUGAAGAGGCUGCUGGGAUAACUGGGAGCUUAGAGCCUGCAGAGGGCUUCAGGCUUCCAACGUGCAACGCUGAGCGUGCAGGGAGACUGGAUGUAGAAGGACAAGAGGGGGAUGAAGAGGAGGAGGAGGAGGAGGAGGAGGAGGAAGGGUGCAGGUCAGAGGAGACUUCACCUGAGAGGACCAGGCAGAGCUACAGUGAAGCCGUUACAGACGCACUUCUGCCCAAACAGCACUCAAGUCAGGAAGGAUGACAUGGAUUUCUUUGGCUCGUGUUCCACCCUUAAACCACCCUGGACUCAACAACAGCCGCGGCCAGAUCCCAGAUCAGAUUACUCACUCGUCCCCCCCCCCCAACCGCCCCGUACAGACGAGCAGCAGCCACUCUCAAGAGUGUCGCACCGCCUCUUUGAAACGCCUGCUGCUGACCUCAGAGCCCCUCGUCAAAGGGUCCAAACAGAAUCUGUACAUACAUGCAAACAAAAAGCACUGCUGAGGAAAAGCAAAGCACGAGGGCAAAGGGACACACACACACACACACACACACACACACGGACACACACACACAAUGUGAACUCGUUGGCCCAGAAGGUGAAAUCGAAUGAAGUUCAAACGUCGAGGAGUAUUGACUUAUUACCGCAGAGCAAAGUGAAUCAAAGUGAGCCUCUGCUCUGCCUCGGGAAUGUCUCACAUAUUCACAUGUAGGAGAACAGAAACUAGCGCUGAUCUAGCAGCUGGUGUUAUGAAGCUUUUGUGUGUAAAAGGUAACAAAUUUGAGGUGUGAAGAAAAGUGUUGCACAUUGAAGAUAAUCUUGAUAAUAUGGAACAAGUUAAUACGAGGAAUGUUUAAGUGAUAAAAUGUGUUGUAGAUACUGUAAAAUAUUAAAUAGGUCAAUAUUUUUGUAACAUAGACAUGACUGACAAUAUGUUUGCUUUUCUUCUCCCAGUUAUAGUGUUGAUGGUUGUGAUUGGUCACUUCCACAUAUUGUUUUUGUAAAUAAAGCACUUGAACAAGUUUACAUACCAAGGAA